AUGGCUGAUCGGGUGCUUGUGAUCGGCAGCGGAGGGAGAGAGCAUGCGCUGGCCUGGAAGUUGGCCCAGUCCCCUCACGUAAAACAUGUGUUUGUUGCUCCAGGAAAUGCAGGAACAGCUGACAAUGGAAAAAUUUCCAAUUCAGCUGUAUUAGUGAGCAAUCACACUAUUGUUACCCAGUUCUGCAAAGAUCAUAACAUUGGACUUGUGUUAGUUGGACAAGAAGCUCUUUUGGCAGCUGGGAUUGUUGAUGACUUGAAAGCAGCAGGAGUUAGGUGUUUUGGACCAUCUGCAAAAGCAGCCCAGCUGGCAUCCAACGCCAGUUUUGCCAAAGCCUUUCUGGAUCGACAUGGGAUCCCAACAGCAAGAUGGAAAGCCUUCACCAAUCCCCAGGAAGCUUGUAGGUUUAUUAUCAGCACAGACUUUCCUGCGCAAGUUGUACGGGCAAGGGGCCCUGCUGCUAGAAAAGAAGUGACUAUUGCAGCCAGCAAAGAGGAAGCCUGCAGAGCUGUCCAAGAGAUUAUGCAGGACAGAAUGUUUGGAGAGAUGGUUGUUAUUGAAGAACUUCUUCAAGGGGAAGAACUUUCUUGCUUGUGCUUCACGGAUGGUGUGACUGUUGCUUCGAUGCCCCCAGCGCAGGCCCACAAGCGAUUAUUGGAUGGUGACCAGGGUCCAAACACUGGAGGGAUGGGAGCCUAUUGCCCAGUUCCUCAGGUUCCAGAAGUUCUCCUAGAGAAAAUCAAUGAUGCUAUCCUUCAACAUGUUGUUGAUAGUAUGAGACAAGAAGGAACAGCAUAUGUAGGUGUGCUGCAAACAGGUUUAAUGCUUACUAAAGAUGGUAUGAAAAUUUUAAGCUUUAAAUGUCAGUUUGGUGACCCUCAGUGCCAGGUAAUUCUUCCACUGCUUAAAAAUGACUUUUAUGAAGUAAUUCAAGCAACAAUUGAUGGCAAACUCUGCAGCUUCAUGCCAGCCUGGUCAGAAAAUAGUACAGCUGUGUGUGUGGUCAUGGCAAGUCCAGGAUACCCAGGAGACUAUGACAAAGGCAUGGAGGUAACAGGGCUGCUGCAAGCCAAAGAGUUAGGGCUGCAGGUGUUCCAUGCUGGCACAACGCUGAAGGAUGGCAGAGUGGUGACAAGUGGUGGCAGAGUCCUCUCCAUUACUGCUGUUAAGGAGGACCUGAUGAAAGCACUGGGAGAAGCCAACAGGGGUGUAGCAGCCAUACGUUUCAAGGGUGCCACUUACAGGAAGGACAUUGGCCAUCGGGGUAUACGGCUUCUCAAACAGUCUCUGGGUCUAAUAUACAAAGAGAGACAUGUGGAAGCUGUAGCCAGUGACGUUUUGUUUCAUCAGCCGGAAACAGCAAUUGUAAGUGGUACCUCAGGCAGUCAUUCAGAAGUAGGAAGCUUUGCUGGUUUCUUUGACUUGAAAGCAUCUGGUUAUGAUGAUCCUAUCUUGGUAUCUCAAACUAAAGGCCUUGGACCUAAACUGCAGAUUGCACAAGUGUGUAAGAAGCAUGACACCAUAGGUCAGGACCUGGUUGCCAUGUGUGUCAAUGAUAUCCUGGCUCAAGGAGCAGAGCCUCUCUUCUUCCUCAGUUAUUUUGCCCGUGGCAAACUUGACAUUGAAGUGACUGAAACAAUCAAAGAGGGAAUAGCUGAAGCUUGCAGAAAUGCAGGAUGCGCUUUCCUGGGCAGGGAGAUGACUGAGGUGACUGACAUGUAUUCUUCUGGAGAGUAUGACCUGGCUGGCUUUGUGGUUGGCGCAGUGGAGCGAGGGCAGAUGCUUCUGGGGCUGCAGAGAGCUGAUGAGGAGGAUGUGCUUAUUGGACUGGCCUCUUCUGGGAUUCACAGCCGUGGCUUUAGCGUUGUAAGGAAGAUUCUCUUAAUGUCCUCCUUAGGCUACUCCUCACCAGCACCUGGCAGUUGUGGUGACAAGACUCUAGGAGAUAUAUUGCUGACCCCAGCAAAAAUGUACAGUCCAUCUUUGCUGCCUGUCCUUCGCUCCGGGCAUGUGAAGGCUUUUGCCUUCAUUGCCGAGCAGGGGUUGCUGGAAGGCAUCUCCAGAAUCCUGCCAGAACAUGUCAGUGCUGUCCUAGAUGCUCUCAGCUGGAAGAUUCCUGAAAUCUUUUGCUGGCUUUACAAAGAGGGAAACCUCUCUGUGGAGGAGAUGGCUCAGACAUUUAAUUGUGGGAUUGGUGCAGUCUUGGUUGUGCAGAAGGACCUGGCUCAGCAUGUUCUCAAGGACAUACAGAGAUGUGAGGAAGCUUGGCUGAUUGGGAAAGUUGUUGCCCUUUGUCGCACAGGUUCUCACAUCGAAGUCGAGAAUCUUCUAGAAGCUCUGCAGCUGAGCAGCCCCCAGCAUCUGCUGAGUAACGCUGUUGUUGAGAGUCAACACCAACCCAGAAAGAACAAAGUUAAAGUAGCUGUUCUCAUCUCUGGAACAGGCACAAACCUUGCUGCGCUCAUCAGUUAUGCAAAAGAGCCAGGCAGUUGUGCUCAAGUUGUCCUUGUCAUCUCCAACAAGUCUGGUGUGGAAGAACUACGAAAUGCAGCCCGGGCUGGAAUUCCCACCAGGGUGAUUGAUCAUAAGUUAUAUGGGAGUCGCUCUGAAUUUGACAGCACAAUUGACCGAGUUCUUGAAGAAUUCGCUGUUGAACUAAUAUGUCUUUCAGGAUUUAUGAGAAUUUUGUCCAGUCCUUUUCUCAGAAAAUGGAAAGGAAAAAUUUUGAAUGCUUCCCCAUCACUUUUCCCACCAAUCAAGGACGGAAAUGCCCAUCAGCAAGCCCUGCAAAGUGGAUUCAAAGUCACAGGUUGCACCGUGCAUUUUGUUCUGGAGGAGUCUAGUCCAAAAGCAGUGAUCCAUCAGGAGCCAGUGUCUGUGAAGUCAGACGACACCGAGGAGACACUGUCAGAAAGGGUUAAAGAAGCUGAGUGUCGGGCUUUUCCCAUCGCCCUGCAGCUGGUGGCCAGUGGAGCAGUGCAGUUAGGAGCCGAUGGUAAAACCUGCUGGAAACAAGGGAGCCAAAGUCUGUGUCUUCAAGCAGAGAAGAGAGACUGCACAUCCUCUCUCGUGGCUCCGGAGCCUCAAGAAAACGAUGUGGUGUAG